AUGCCUUCCAAAUGGGUACCACUAGAGUCUUCCCCAGAGAUAUUCAACGACUGGGCUCGAUCUCUCGGUUUACCACCUUCACCACUCUCUUUCCAAGAUCUCUUCUCUCUGGAUGUAGAGUUUCUACAGUUCAUUCCAAAACCGGUCAAAGCCGUUCUCUUGCUAUUCCCUUCAAGGGGUGAGCUACACGAGGCUCGGAAACGUGAGGAAGCCUCGGGAGAGGGUGAGUGGGAUGGCUCUGGAGUAUGGUGGAUCAAGCAGACAAUCCCGAAUGCCUGCGGAUCCAUAGGUCUCCUUCAUGCGCUCCUGAAUCUCCCAUCCGAAGGUGCUUAUGCGCUCACACCUGACUCUCCUCUUCUACGAUUCAAAGAAGCCUCUUUGCCCCUUUCUCCCCUGAAACGUGCGGAAUUACUGGACACAGCCGACUUCUUCGAAGCUGCCCAUAAAGCUGCCGCUUCCUCUGGCCAAUCCGCCGUUCCAGAAGAUCUAGACGUCGACACUCACUUUAUCACUUUCAUUCAGGCCUCGAACUCUAAAGGAGAAGAAAGGGUAGUGGAGCUGGACGGUAAUCGAAGCGGGCCGUUUGAUCGGGGUUCAUGUUCCGAUCUGCUCAGGGAUGUUGCCAAGAUCGUCCAGGAGAAGUAUAUGGCCAGAGCAGGGGGAGACGUCAAUUUCAAUAUGAUUGUCUUGGCCGGAGAAGAAUGA